UUAAUUUAUUAUUGUGUGGAGAAAAAUGAAAUGAAAUGAAAUAGAGGAAUGGGUUUGGGUGGAAAGUGUGGCGUGGGCUGAUGGCCGGCACCAGCCUCUCUCAAGUAAUCCAAUCGACGCUCCUGGAACUGCCCAGAACCACCGCCCACGUCAGAAUCUCCGCCAAAAGCCACCGCGUCUCCGCCACCUCCGGCCAUCGCCCCGAGGGACCCCACUGUAUCUACGUUGGGCCCCUCGAAACCGCCGACAAAGAGAACCUCGAAGCUCUCUAUUGCCAAGCACGGGAUGCGUAUAAUAGUGGUCACCCUCUCAUAAUUGAUGACAUGUUUGAUAAAGUGGAGUUAAGGUUAAGAAGCUAUGGUUCAAAGUCUGUUGUCAAGUAUCCUAGGUGCAGUAUCAGGAGGCAAUCCACAUUUGCUGAUGCUGAGGAAGAUCUUUCUAUGGUUUUUGCUUUAGCAAGCACAUGGGCCAUGUUCCUUGCAUUUGGCAGUUUAGCAUGUGUUGGGCCCAUAUCAUUCACUGUUGGCAUGGCUUAUCAAAAUGCAUUCGCUUCAGGCGUAUCACUUGGUAGCCAAACACCUGGAGUAAGCUUUCUGGCCUUGGUGAACAGCUUUAUUUUCCUUGGGCUGGGUGUUAUCAUCGGCUACCCUGUUGCUUCAGCUUCAGUUAAGGUACUUCAAGGCCUGUGGAGGAAUGAUUUGGUGGCACUAAAAGGUGCGUGUCCAAAUUGCGGGGAAGAGGUAUUUGCAUUUGUGAGAAUGGACAGGAAUAUUGAGUCACCUCAUAGAGCAGAUUGUCAUGUGUGUGAAUGCGUAUUAGAAUUUCGAACAAAAGUGGAGCAAUCAGUCUCAAGAUUUGGUAGGCAGUGGGUUUAUGGGCGUAUUUAUCUUGUUUCACUAAGAGGCAGAUCUCGACGCCAAUAACAGCACUGAAUUUUCAUCCGAAUUGCUCGUAUGCAGUGUAUAGUAAGGAUCAGAGUAUCAUCCAUUCCUUAGUCUUAUUUUUAGUCUGGAACAGUUUUGCCUGAAACCGGUUCAAAAUACUUAAGGAAGAAUUUGACUUCUUAAUUGAUGGACAAAUAAUUUCUUUUAUGUGAUUACUUCGUAUAAGUGAGUGUUAUGCAAGAUUUUUUCGUAUUGAACUCUCAGGACUAUUGAUGUCUCUGGUAAAGUAGAAUCACUGUUAUCUUCAUUAGAAAA